AUGAGCGGGACGCCAGCGAUUACAACUCAGUCAUUGUCCACUGAGAUAAUCGAGCCGAGAAGACUUUACAUACUGUUCUCUCGCAUGGACAGCAGCAACUCGGACAUGACCGCCAUCAAGGUGACUGACAUACAAUACCCCGAUCCGAUAUCACUGGACUCUAUCAUAUCGGCCGCAAAAAACUAUCUAGUAAACCCAGUUUUGUCGGCCGUGCUGGGAUUCAUCACGGGCGGGCCGACCGGCGCGGUGGUGGCAGGGGCAAGCCAUGUCAUCAGUCAGGAAAGGCCUGGUUCCGACUCAACACCUGGAUGUGGUGAAGGAGGUCUUGGAGAGGACAAAAACGAAGGUGGCGGAGACAGGGGCUGUUGGCGCCCCAUUACAGCAGAAAAGACCAGAAUGAAGUACAGCACAUCAGUACGGGGGGGAGCCUUGCCUGCACCUUUUCAACCGGUGUAUAGCUCGAUCUUGGACAGUGGGAUCCUGGACGUCAUUGACGAGCCACAAGACCUGCGGGUACGUCCGAGCGGACUCGACCGGUUGAAGCGGUUGCGGGGGGGCGUGCAAAAGGAUUGGCCCAUCCCUCCUGAGGUCUCGUGCUUGUGGCCUCUAUAUUUUUACUAUACACGCCUGAAAAAAAUAGGCCAAUGGCAGAGUGCUAAAGAUCUUAGGUAUAUCUUGGGGGUGAUCAGGGCUAGGUGGAAUCAUAGGAAGACCAGAUGUGUCCCUGAGUAUAUGGACGACUUCUUUAGAAUCAACCUCAAAGCGAUCAGCGGUUUUUGUUUUCCGAAGAUAUUUUCUGAAGGCCUGUACCAACUCGGUCCCGUUCGGUACAGGUGCGUCAGAUGCAGAAUACUGAUGCACCUGCACCUUCGCAACCAGUUCAACCAGGAUCUGUGCCGUCUACAUCAGCGCACCAGGAGUACUAUGUUGGGGAAUCCCGACAGAAAAACACUGCUACCAGAACCGGGACCCAAGGAAAUAUUUUAG